AGAACGCAAACUACUUGAUCUUAUCUGAGCAGAGUAAAAGGGUUUUAGGGUUAGGGUUUUGGGUUUGACCUUUUUCGAUCUUUCGCCGUCGCCAAAGUGGCGACGCGGCCGACGAGCAACCCUUUUUCCCUUCUUUCGUGGGGAUCUGCCGGUGGCUCCGGAGGCCGUCACACGGCGAAGACGGAAGGGUUCCGGCAACCCUGGGUCCCUAUUUCUCUUUGGUUUCUGCGAUGAAGUCUGCUCGCUGUCGGAGGGGUUCGAUCGAUGGAUCAGCCUCGAUGAUGGCUUUGCGGGCUUUUUCACACAUAAAUUACGUCGUUUUUCGUUUGGAUCUUGAUUUUGUUUUAGGUUUGCCUUUGAGAUCUGAUGUAUAGUUUCUUCUUCUAGUCUUUGUUUUGUUCUGUGUCUUCGAUGACCCAAAUCUGUUGGUUUUCGGGUUGAUCAAGCUAACUGUUCAUGCCCCAACCGUAGUUCUUGGUUACCUGCAAUUCAGAAGGCGAUAACUUUUGCUUUGGCUUUAGAAGCGACCUAGUCUUUCAAAGGUGAUCGCUUCUACUAAUUCAUGUUUUCGUCUUGUUAGCGUUCGAGUCUCCGAGGCAAAGAUUCUUUGAAACAAAUGGAAUGCUAAUUAUAUAUAUCAACACAGCAUUGAGUCGUGUCAGAUUCCGGGAAGACAAGGGGAGUGUUAUAUUUAAACAGCGUCUCUGUCGCUGUCUUAUUCUCUUUACGUCGCUUAUGCGGUUGUCAUUGGAAGUACCACUCGACCUAUGCGGCCUCUUCUUACGGAUCUCAGGGCCAGCUGCAAUGUUUCCGGGACUAUCAAUGGCUCUUCCAUGGCUCCAAUGGCUGCUGAGCGAACCGGACAAGGAGGGUCUCUGGUUUGAGACUUUGGUGUCACUUGGUCCAAACACUCAACAUGGUAGAUGUGGCGGCAAGGCAGGAUACCUGUGGCUGGCAUGUAUCCUGUUGUCAUUAUCUUAUAGGAGGACCAUGGAGUUUUCUGGGACAGAAGCUUCCGACAGAACCCACAUUUCUGUUGUUGUACCACCAGAAUAUCUCUGGAGGCUGAAAGAGAGAUGGCGACAACCGAUGGCUUCUUUUGGGCGUGGUAAAACUGGGUCGAGGAAUCUGCCUGUGUGUGUCCAAGUUCAGGAUUCUGACAAUCUGAAACCGGGUUGCAGAGGACUCGAGGCUCUGUAUAAGAUGCCAGAUUGGACUGUGAAAACCUGGAUUUGUCGCUCAAUCUUGCCGUGAAAGCAAGUUAUCACCAGGAACUUAUAUAAAGUAUUCAGAUUAUUGUCAUUUCUUUGCUUCUUUAUCAUUGUUUUUUCCAAACAUGUGGGCCACCGAAAGUUCAUUUUUGCAUGGGCCUUGCUCACAUCGGAUCUAAAGCCCAAUCUAGCAAUUGUUUGAUA